AUGGGGACCAUGUCCAGAGCAGCCUUGGCCUUGGCCUGUUUGGCUGUUGCUUCUAUAGCUUCAGAGGGAGGCCUCAAGGCUCCAGGACAGAAAGAACAGAGGCCAGAUCACCUUACCCAGAACCCUCAAGAAGUUGGCUAUGCAGCAUCCCCAUCCCCACCCCUGACCCGAACCCUCCCCAAGGAUCACCCUGACACAUCUCAGCAUGACCCUCACUUUGAGGGGCAGAGAGAAGGUCGCCCUGUCCCCCAAGAAGCCAUCCCCAUUCAAGAAGAGCUACCCCCUCCCCAAGUCCCUCUUGAAAAAACAGAUGAAAAGCCCGCUCCCUUCACGGGCCAGGGUCACUCAGAUCCCAAAUCUGGGAAUACAGCCCAACACUGCCAACGAGGUCAACCCCGAGAGGGCUGGGGCCACCGGUUGGACGGCUUCCCCCCUGGGCGACCUUCUCCAGACAACCUGAAACAGAUAUGCCUCCCGUACCGUCGCCAUGUGGUAUAUGGCCCCUGGAACCUGCCCCAGACUGGCCACUCCCACCUCAGUCGCCAGGGUGAGACCCUCAAUUUGCUGGAGACUGGAUAUUCCCGCUGCUGCCGCUGUCGCAGCCCCACCAACCGCCUUGAUUGUGCGAAACUUGUGUGGGAGGAUGCAAUGACCCAGUUCUGUGAGGCUGAGUUCUCAGUUAAGACCCGAGCCCACUGGUGCUGCAAACAGGAGGGGGAGGCUCGAUUCUCCUGCUUCCAGGAGGAAGCUCCUCGACCACACUAUCAGCUCCGGGCCUGUCCUAGCCAACAGCCUGGUAUUUCCUUGGGCCCCGAGCUGCCUUUUCCCCCGGGGAUUCCCACCCUGGACAAUGUCAAGAACAUCUGCCAACUGAGACGUUUCCGGGCUGUGCCACACAACCUCCCAGCUACUGACCACAUCCAAAGGCAGCUUCAGGUUCUGACCCAGCUGGAGCGGGAGUUCCAGCGCUGCUGCCGCCAGGGGGACAACCACAUCUGUGUACUGAAGGCCUGGGAGGAGACCCUUGAUGGAUACUGUGACAAAGAGCAGGCUAUAAAGACCCACCACUACUCGUGUUGCCGCUACCCCCCUAGCCCUGCCCGAGAUGAGUGCUUUGCCCGUCGGGCUCCCUACCCCAACUAUGACCGUGACAUCUUGACCCUUGACCUCAGCCGAGUCACCCCCAACCUCAUGGGCUAUCUCUGUGGAAACCACAGAGUUCUCACCAAACAUAAACAGAUUCCUGGGCUGAUCCGGAACAUGACUGCCCGAUGCUGUGACCUGCCAUUUCCAGAGCAGGCCUGCUGUGCCGAGGAGGAAAAAUCAACCUUCAUAAAUAACCUUUGUGGUCCUCAUCAAAACUCCUGGCGAGACCCUGCCUUUUGCUGUGACCUGAGUCCUGGGGAUAAACAGAUCAACUGCUUCAACAUCCAUUAUCUGAGAAAUGUGGCUGUAGUGGCUGGAGACACUGGGGAUACCAAGGACCAGGGGGAGCAAGACCCAGCUCAGGAAACAAGUAUCAGCCCCACCCUAGAGCCCAUUGAAGAAUGA